AGGUAUUGUCUAUGUAGUAGAGGUCAAUGGCCAGAGGUAGUUGCAAGACUUCAACGACAAAGGAACAUCUCUAUAGCUACCUACGUGAAAGAGCCGUUUGUUGCUUCUCGAAACUCAUAACAAACCCAAUGUCUAUCCUUUGAGUGUGCGCAUAGUAUAUGAGCCGACAUGGCUUUUCCCCCCUCAUCUCAUCUCCGCUCAGAUCCAACUCACUUUGAUUAUAGUUAAGCUGGAAUUAAAGACUUGGGUUACCUUAUUUGAAUUGAUAAUUAUUUCUUACGAUAUAACCUCGAAGAAAGGGGUUCCGAUCUCACUCACAAUGCCAGGGGCUAACUUACCUUCCACGGGCCGGAUCCCAGCCAAAGACGAGAUGGCUAACGCCACCAGCCUCUCGCCUUCUCAGCACGUGUACCUCCUCGCCGACGAGCGCACAAUCAUCAAGUCAGGCCCUCACACACGCGCAGCCGAGGCUGCGGCCAUGGACUUCGUGCGGCAGCACACCAGCAUCCCGGUGCCCUCCGUCUACAGCGUGGACCGGGACGCUCUUACCGGCCACGUCCGGAUCGCCAUGGAGUACAUCCCGGGCGACCCGCUAGACCGCGCCUGGGCGCACUUCACCGCGGAGGAAAAACUCUCCGUCGCAUCGCAGCUGCGCGCGCACUUCGACGCGCUGCGGCAGAUCGAGGCGUCGUCGUCGUUCAUCGGCAGUGUUGACGGCUCGGCGUGCGCGGACCCGUACUUCGCGCACGCGCCCGGCGCAUACGGGCCGUACGGCAGCGAGGCCGAGUUUAACAGCGGGCUGUUGGAGGCGUGGGAGGCGAGGCACUACCACAACGACGACGACGCCGACGAUGAUGAUGAAGACCCAUUCGCGCCGAUAUUCCGGGAUGCGCUCCGGAGGACGAUGCGGGGGAACCGGAUAGUGAUGACACACAACAACUUCGACCCGAGCCAUGUGCUGGUCCGCGGGGCCAAGGUGGUGGCGAUCCUCGACUGGGAGCAGGCGGGAUUUUACCCGGAGUACUGGGAGUAUUGCAGAGCGCUGUGGAGACCGGAUUGGGACAGCGACUGGAUGAAGGAUAAGGCCGUAGACAGUAUCCUCAGCCCGUAUCUCAAAGAGCUGGGCGUCAUUUGGAAUACUUCUAGCGUUUCAUGGUAAGUUCGUGGUACAUAUAGACUGAACAGGUAGGUAGGUAGGUACCUACUAGAUGUAAGGGCCCUAGGGGGGGCCGGGGGGUGACUAGGUACAUGUAGGUGUAAGCCACUGUAAGGGACUGAUAAGGUACUAUUUUGUAGAGUGUAGAGGUGAAGCGAAGACGUAAUAUAUUUACAUACUAUGAAUA